GCAUGAUCUAUGUGUCUUAUUUAUAUGUCUCUGUGUUGCUAGUGCAUCAGAGAAUGACAAAAGAAGACCCCCAGAAUUUAGCACAACGUCGGAUGUAACCUGACCCUCAAGUCUGGGCCUUUUGUAAAGAAGCAGAUUUUUUUUCUCCAGUCAGGGUGGGGUGCCAUUGCUUUUUGAAGGUUUAGUAGUGUUGUGAACAUGUUUGUCAUAGGAUGGAAAAAAGGACAGUCGGAAGGUUUGGCUAGUGGCUGGAGAGGGACGAGACAAGGCGAGAGGGUGACAUCCUCAUCAAAGCAGGGAAAGGAACAUGGGCGAUAUGAAAACACCCGACUUUGAUGACCUCCUUGCAGCCUUCGACAUCCCGGACAUGGUGGAUCCUAAAGCUGCAAUUGAAUCUGGCCACCAAGAAGAUGACAAGGUCAAACAAGCAAAGAGUGGAAAAAAUACAGUUGAAGAUGAUCGGAUAGGACAUGAUGUUGGUGUCAGUGUCAUCGUCAAGAAUAUUCGAAACAUGGAUACAAUUCAACAUCUUCGAAAUCUUUCAGAGAAGGACGAGCCGUUAAAGCCCCAACACCAGUCUAAAAGAAUUGGCAAGCAACUUCAAAAUGGAUUCUUGUCUUCUAUGCCACCCAAAAAUGUAUGUAAAACUUCCAGGAAGGAUGGACAGACAGUAAGUAAUCAAUCCAGUCCGAUCUCCAGUGCAGAGGAGUUUGAGGAAGAGAACACAAUUGAAGUAGAUAAUCCAACUGACAAAAUCGGUGGUCUGUCAAUUGUCAAGUCCUUUACAAAGAAAGCUCCUGUUUUGGUGGAGAAGGCUUCUAAGUCCAAAGCAAAAGGCUUAAAACCAGACCAGAACAACAACCAAAAUAUCACUCUGGGAGAUUCAAUUUUUAGUCACACCCAUCAGUCUAGUUUUCCUAAAAAGGAGCCUAAGGAAACUCUUCACAGAGACGCAGAGAGCAAAGAGACAAAUGUGCAAACAAUGCAAGUCAUAUCUAAGUCUACUGCAAAACUUUCCUCUUGUAUUGCAGCCAUUGCUGCUCUUGGUGCUAAAAAUGCAAGCCCUACAGACUCCUGUGUAUUUGAUUUUCCUGUUACACAAAUGGAAUCAAACCAAGGCAAUACAAAUUUCAGAGCUCCAGGAAAGACAUGUGAACAGGAAUCAGCCUUAGAGUUGGCAAAGCGAUUGCUAUCAGGACAACCACGGAGUCCAUCUAGUGUCAACAGUGAGAGUAGCAACAAAGGUUCACCAGACUCAAGCACUGACACUGCCACAGUCAUUCCGAAGGUCAGGAUAAAAACAAUUAAGACCUCUUCUGGACACAUCAAGCGUACUGUCACACGGGUGCUCCCAGACUUGGAAUUUGAAACAAUGAAAAAAGGGGGAAAUUCCAAUGGCCCAAAAAUAGUGGCUACCACUGGUGCAUUUUUCUCAUGUCCCACUGGCUCCUCUUUGCCAACUACGGUGGUAGCCACCUGUGGGGGUCUAUCAAAUAGAAUAACCAAGCAGAUGACAAUUAAACCAGUAGCAACAGCCUUUCUUCCAGUCUCAGCUGUCAAGACGGCUGGUUCACAAGUCAUCAACCUGAAACUGGCUAAUAACACCACAGUCAAAGCAACUGUCAUUCCUGCUGCCUCAGUACAAAGCGGCAGCAGUGCCAUCCUUAAAGCGGCAAAUGCCAUGCAACAAACAGUCACGGUCCCUGCCUCUAGUCUGGCUAAUGCUAAAUUAGUACCAAAGGCAGUCCGUCUCAGUAACCUGAAUCUUCUGUCGCAGAAUGUAUCCUCUGCUCAUGGUGAUCUCCAACAAGGAAAGUCCAGGCAAUCACAACAACUUAAACAGCAAGCCCUUUUCAAAGGCCAGCAGUCAAAGAAGUUCCCCAGAGUUCAUGUCAUAACCAACUCUCAAAGCUCCAUAGUUGAUGCUUUCAAUAAAGUCCUGAGUAGCAUAAAUCCAAUUCCUGUGUAUAUCCCAAACCUCUCCCCACCAACCUCAGCCUGUAUUUCAAUCCCAUCUCAUGGCUAUCAGUGCCUGGAGUGUGGUGACUCAUUUGCUCUGGAAAAAAGCUUGACCCAACAUUUUGAACGUCGUAGUGUGCGGAUUGAGGUUAUCUGCAAUCACUGUUCAAAAAAUCUUGUCUUCUACAACAAGUGCAGCCUUUUGUCUCAUGCCAGGGGACACAAGGACAAAGGAGUUGUCAUGCAGUGUUCACACCUCAUCUUAAAACCCAUCCCUGCUGACCAAAUGGUAACAGCACCGCCCUAUUCCAGACUACACUCUAUUACAGAUAGCUUCGAUGCACAGGCACAACCUGCUCAAACGCCAGAUCCAAGUUAUGUGACACAAAGUGCAGUGAUUUCAGCUCCAAGCAACAUCCCAAUUGAGGCCGCCAUGCCCUUGGAAGAUGGUGCAUCCAAACUCUGUAGGCACAGCCUGAAGUGUUUGGAAUGUAAUGAAAUGUUCCAGGAUGACAGCUCACUAGCUAUGCAUUAUCAGCAAGUUCUGGAGACCAGUGGGCAGAAAACCUGCAAUAUCUGCCAAAUGCUUCUUCCAAAUCAGUGCAGUUUUCUGUCGCAUCAACGAAUCCAUCAGCACAAGUCUCCUUACAUCUGCCCAGAGUGUGGCGCAAGCUGUCGAUCUGUCCACUUCCAGUCCCACGUCACCAAGAACUGCCUGCACUACGCACGUAGAGUCGGCUACCGAUGUAUUCACUGUAGUGUGAUCUUCUCUGAUGUUGCGACUUUGAAGUCGCACAUCCAGACUACACACUGUGAGGUCUUCUAUAAAUGUCCGCUUUGUCCCAUGGCCUUCAAGUCUGCACCAGCAACACACUCCCAUGCGUACACACAGCAUCCUGGAUUGAAAGCAGGAGAGCCUAAGCUUAUAUACAAGUGUUCCAUGUGCGAUACUGUGUACACUUUGCAGUCUCUUCUUUACACACACUUUGACCAGCAUGUUGUCACUCAUAAAGUUCCUGUGUUCAAAUGCCCCGACUGCUCCAUGCACUAUGCACAGAAACAGCUCAUGCUGGACCAUAUAAAGGGCAUUCAUGGAACUCUGAAGACUAUUGAGGGUCCACCAAACUUAGGAAUCAACCUCCCGCUCAGCGCCAAACCUACAAAUUCAAACAGCACCAUCAACAAUGGCCCUACAAAUGACAAUAACAACAACAAGGAUGGGCAAAACACCAAUGGACAAAACAAAGGCAUCAAGAAGACUGCACCUUCAUCACCCAAAAAAGACAGCAAAAACAGAUUGGGUAAAGAUACUAGUUCAGAUUAUACAUGUGCAGAGUGCAACAGUGUCUUCAGUGGCAGAGAGGUCUUCUUGAAUCACAUGACAAAAGAACAUGGCAAGAUAUUGAAGAAGCACCCAUGCCGACAGUGCGACAAGUCCUUCAGUUCCACUCACAGUCUUUGCCGACACAACCGCCUCAAACACAAGGGAGUGCACAAAGCAUACACCUGCCCUCAGACCUUCACCAAGAGAGUGCUGCUCGAUCAGCACAUUCAGUUGAUGCAUGGAGCCUCAGAGGAGAAGAAUGCCAGCGCGGCUCCCACAGAUAAUUCGCCAGAGAAGAAAUCGAUUGCCAGCCCCAAGAGAAAAAAGGAUGCAGAAGAGAAGGUGUCUCCAGAGUUAAACCCCCGUGGUUUAGACUUGCAGCCUUUGAAGAGGCUCAAAGUUAACAUACCCAAAGUUCACAGAUGUGCUGUCUGCGGCUUCACCACAGAGGACCUCAUCGCAUUCCAUAAGCACAUCCCCCAGCACAAGUCGGACCACUCGUCCUACCAGUGCCAGGAGUGUGGACUAUGCUACACUUCCCUGCACUCUAAGUCCAGACACCUUUUCAUCGUCCAUCGUCUGAAGGAGCCACAAUGCUUCGCCCGUUACAGGGGUAAGGAUGAUAAUGAAAACCAGCGGGAGAACUUCAUGGAAGUUACAGCACAGGAUGAUGAUGGAAUGUCAAAGACCAAAUGUAAAGUGUGUGGGAAACAGUUUGAGACCGAGGGCAACCUCAACACUCACAUGAGGACACAUGGAAUGGCAUUUAUCAAGGCCAAAAGACUCAGUUCGGCUGAGAAAUGAAUCCUCGCCACCAUAAUCAAAACUGUAGAAUUCCUUUUAUAUAGUUGUACAGUAUCUAUUGGCUGGGGUCCUAUUGUAUAAAAUUACUGCAAUAAACUGUUUAUAGUAUACAAAUACACAUCCGUGGGGGAAAUAAGCAUUUGGUCCCAUGCUGAUUUUUGUAAGUUAACGCUCCUACAUGAAACAUCCGAAAUUGUUUAGGUAAGUUGACUGUAACAUAGAGAGACGGGGUGUGAAAAACACCUUAACAACAGACUCAAUAAAGGUUUUGAAUUAAUUUGUUUUUGAUCCAGAGCAAAAAGGCAUUGAUAUGCAAAACAUUGCUUAGUAUUUGGAGAAACCCCUGUUGAUAAACACAAUGGUCAGACAUCUCUUGUAGUUGGUCACCAGGGUUGUAAACAUCUCAGGAGAGAUUUUGGGUAAAGAAAUACCCCAAAAGCAGAAAGCUUCCAAUGCCAUGUGUGACAGUAGGGAUGGUUGGUGUCGUAUUUAAUAUCUCUCUGCCUCCACACACAUCAGUUCCAGUUGAUGCUUAAAAGCUCAAUUUUGGCUUCUGCUGACUAAAACGUAUUAUACCAAGCCUUAUCUGUGUCAUAUUGGUGUUUAUUGACAAACUUCAGACAGGCUUGUACAUGUGCUUUGUUGAAAGGGGGGCCUUGCAGGCACUGCAGGAUCUCAAUCCAUUACAUCAAAGUAUGUUACUAAUGGGUUUUUUUCUUCGCUAACUGUGUACCAAACUCCCCUAAGAUCAUUAACCAGCUCCUCCUCUCAUAAUUCUGGGCCUUUGUUUGAGUCACCCUUGGCUCACGAGGUCAAAACUAGCUUCGACCUCCAAAACAAGGGCAACUUCUUUAAUUUCCAAAUUAUUGCGCUAAUAGUGCUCUUUCAUAACAAGCUUCUUGUUAUGAAAAGUCAAUUUCAGUCUACAACCUUGCCCCUAAUGUCCUUUGACAUCCCUUUUGUCUUGGCGGAGAGGUUGGAAUAGACUAGACCAAUUCUGUAACAGGUAUCAUUUGUCCUUAUAAUGAUUUGAGUUUCGGAGUACGUUUCCGAAGGGACGCGAGUCAUUUGUGUGUUUCAGGACAGAAGGCUUUCUGGCAGGGAGGGGCUCAAAUACUUAUUUCACUUAAUCAAAUAUACAUUAAUUAUAGCUUUUCUCAAUUUUUUUGUAUUAUUAUUUGUUUUAGUUUUUACAUUUUGUUGCUCUCAGUUACAGUAAACAUACUAUUACAAAUCUAUUGACUGUCUAAUCAACACGGGAUCAAAUACUUAUUUUCUCCUCCAUGUAUAAAGGUUACUUUUUGUUUUCAAUUGAACAAAACUAGUUUUUGUACUCCAUGUUUUUAAAGACUUGAGCUGUUGUUGUUUUUAUAUAGUAGAGCUUUUUAUUUUUUCAUUUGUUAUGGAGAGCUACAUAACGUACAACUGUAUUGUAUGGUUUUGGCAAAAUUGGCCUUAGUCCUUAGGCCACGUCCACACGAAUGUGGGUAUUUUUUAAAUCAUACUCUAAUCAAUUUUCUAUGAAUUUAGGACUUUUGGGUCAUACGAUGUGUUUCAGGUAAAACCUCAGAAACAUCAGAAAAAUAUACAUGCCAGCUUCGCCUCACAUAGCUAACAUUGUUCUGUUCAUUCGUACUCUGGAGAAUGUAAAUUGGGCUGUUACUCCUGACUACUAAUUAGAAAACCAGUAACAGUUAAGAGGCAUUAGCGAGACCUCAUAUUUCAAUUGACAACUUUAACAGGCAGACAUACUGUCCUUAAAAGCUGUAUGGGGUAGCUAGGAGCUACUUGGACAAGACUUAAGUCUUUUGCUGUAAAACUGCCUGCGAGAAGCAGUCUAUGUAUUGAAUGUUGUCUUUGCUGCUGCCGUUGGGCUCUAAUUUGUAUGUCAAUAAAUAGUGAAAGGAUCAUCAGCUUCUCGAUGGAUUGUAAUUAUUAUUUUUAUUUCUAACAGAGCAGUUGAUUCGCCCAAUACUGAAU